UUUUGCCCUCUACACAAGUUGUCAAUAAAGUUUCGGUUUAAAAUAAACAGCGUCCCCCUCUGAUUGGACACUGCUUGUGCGCAUUUGAUUGGCGGCUGAGUGCUGGAUUAUAAUUGGCUGCAUUUCCCCACGCAGAAAGUGUUUGCUGAUCCACGUGGGGAGGAUGGAGGGUUCUUCACCAGCUCACAGUCCUGCCGAGCUCCCACAGAAUGAAUUCAGCUUCAGUAGCACCCCGACGAUGGAGGACAUCCGCCGCCUGCAGGCGCAGUUCACCCAGGAGAGAAGCUGGAGUCGGUUCCACCAGCCCCGAAGCCUUCUGCUGGCGCUCGUUGGGGAAGUGGGGGAGCUGGCGGAGCUCUUUCAGUGGCAAGGAGAAGUCCCGGAGGGUCUGCCCGGCUGGUCCGCGCCGCAGCGUGAAGCCCUGUCGCACGAGCUCAGCGAUGUCCUCAUUUACCUCCUGGAGCUGGCGGAGAAAUGCCGAGUGGAUCUGCCCCGCGCGGCGCUCCAGAAACUGGAACUGAACGCCAGGAAGUACCCGGCAUGCAGGGUCCGGGGCAGCGCUAAGAAGUACACGGAGUACGGUUCAGAGGACGGGGGGGCCGCUUCUCCUGAGCACUGAGCCUCUGAAGACCACCUUCCCCUGAGAAGGCCGGGGGGCUGCUCGCUGUCA